CAUAGGAAGAGACAACGAUCCCUUUCGUCAUUAUGAAGUUCUUCGUCCUCUGUUCGUUCAUCACGUUGGCCGUGGCUCAGCCAGCGAAAAAUGAACUCUGGAAAGGUACCAAUCUGGACCAGAUGGUUGAUCAGACCAAGGCUGAAUGUGCACACAAAAACGACGAAGUAUCUUGUAUGAAGUUCAAGGUUCUCAACCUUCUAGAUCAGCUUUUCCGCAAGGAUAACUUCAAGGUAUCCGAAUCCGUGGAGAUAACUCGGAACUCGUAUCCAGUCGAAGAAAUAUCUGCUCGCGGCGAAGGAUCCUUCCUCGACAACGUCCAAUCUUAUUUAACUACUCACGAUGUAACCUUCAAACUACCCCUUGAUUCAACCGUUAAAGUCAGCUCGCGAAACAUCGAAGACGACAGGAUUACUUUCGACGUCCAGUUCGGUCAGGGUCGUGCCGUAGAAGCUCGCAAAUCGAAGCUGAAGAAAGUCGUCAUCCCGAUUCUCGUGUUCGUCUUAUUGAAGGCUAUGACUCUUAUCCCUCUUGCCAUCGGAGUUCUCGGACUCAAAGCGUGGAAUGCUCUUCAGCUCUCGUUCUUCAGUUUCAUCGUCUCUGUCGGUAUGGCGAUCUUCCAACUCUGCAAAAAGAUCGCAGCAGAAGGUCAUGCAGCACCAAUUUCUGCGCAUGGUCCUUGGGAAUAUCAGACGCAAUACAGAUCUUUCCAGGAUCAAGAACAGGACAAUACCUCGCAAUUUGCCCAAAAUCUCGCCUAUUCAGGAUACGCGCAAUCGUAA